AGUGUGCGGCCAAUAUUUGAUCUUUUGCGGCCUUGAACAAGCCAAACCAUGGAAUACGGCAGUGCCCGAAAUGUCUUGAUCAGUGGCAAAGAAGUGGAUAUUCAAAACUUGAAAGAAAUCCGUGAUCUUCCGGAGAAGCAAAAGAAAGGAAGAGAGAAGGAGAUCAGGAGCGGAGCUGAAUUCUUGCAGACCGCACCCAGAUUUCCUUCCCGGCGGGGAUGCAAAGAUCUUCCCUGGGCAAUCCUCUUCAUGUUGACAGUUGCGGCACUGGUUGCCUUCGUGAUCUACUCCGUGGUUGGCAUCAACACAGAACUCAAUGAGGAUGAAGAUUUCAAGCACUGGAAGACCCAUGAUGGUAAAGUUCCACCAGAUAUUUGGAGCGAUGCCAUUACCAUCAACUUGGCAUGUGUGGCUGGAAGUGUGGCUGGUUUGAUCAUGGCCUUCUUUUGGAUCAUGGCUGCGAAGGCCUGUCCCAGCCCCGUGGUCUACAUCUCCCUCUAUGCCAUUCCUGUCCUCAGCAUCCUGGGUGGCGUUGCCCUGGUGUGUUCGGGCCAAACUGGAAUGAUGAUAGCUGGAGCCAUCCUCAUCUUGGCUGGGAUGUGUCAAUUGGGUUGUGUGAUGUGCUGCUGGGCUCAAUACAUUCCCUUCACCAUUGAAGUUGUUGGGAUGGUGGCAAAUGUCUCCAAUGAGAAUCCCUGCAUGGUGGCUGUAUCUGCCCUGGGAGGCUUCUUCAGUGCAGCUUGGGUGAUCUUGCUUACGGUUGGCUUUGCUGCGUUCACCAUCAAGCACAAGGAGGAUACACCGGACAAGAACAAAGGUGUGAUGAGUCCGUUGGAGUUCUGCUUCCUUCUGGUGUUGUACUGGGGAAGUGGCGUAAUUCACAAUGUGUGUCACAUGGCAUAUGCGGGGGUUUUCAGCCGAUGGUAUUUCUCCGCAGAUGGGCCACUGCUGUUCCCCAGUUUGCAAGUGGCUUUGACCACUUCCUUUGGUAGCAUUUGCUUUGGGACCUUUGUUGUGGCUGCAAUUAAUGCAGUGCAGAUGCUCGUGCGAAGUGUUCGGAUUGCAGCACAAGAGGACGGAAAUGUUGUUGGUUGUGUUGUGGCUCUGAUUCUGGAGUGCAUCAUUGAUGCAAUUGGCGACAUGCUCGAGUACUUCAAUGCAUGGGUCUACGUCCAGUGUGCAAUUCGGGGUGGUAGCUUUUGUGAAUCGGCCCGUGCCACUUGUGCUAUGAUUUCAUGUAAUGGGCUGAAGGCUAUCAUUGGUGAUCUUUUGAUCGACAGUGUGGUGACGCUAGGAACCCUGCUGAGCGGCUUGGUUGGCCUUGGCGUCGGUGCUGCCGUUGCUUGGGGCACCAAGGCUGAGUUCCAGCAUGCCGCCUUGUCUCGGGAGGUGGUGAUUCUCAUUGGAGUCAUCAGUGGUCUCCUCGGCGGUUUGUUGGCGGGUGGAGGAGUCAUGACGAUCUUCAGCAGUGGAACCAAGGCCAUUUUGAUGUGCUGGGCAGAGGAACCAAAUCGCCUGCAUGAAGAACAUGAAUUUGAGGAUUUGCACACAGAGUUCAAUGCCAAGAUCCAGGAUUACAAUUAUAGUUGAGGACUACUGAUACUUUACACCAGAUUGCUUGGACCCUCAAACUGUCGGUCCGCAAGACUUCCAUUGAUUGCCAUGAGCUUCGUGAAUCAAA